AUGCAUGAAGAAGAAAGUAUUGCAGCUUAUUUCUUGAGAGUUGAUGAAAUUGUGAACUCUCUAAAGGGCUUAGGAGAAAAGAUUGAAGAUAAAACUAUAGUUCCAAAGAUUUUAAGAUCGCUACUUCUAAGAUUUGAUGCCAAAGUUUCAACUAUUGAAGAGAUGGCUGACCUUGACAAGUUGAUAGUAGACAAGCUACAUGGAAUCUUGACAGCUUAUGAAAUGAGAACAAAUGUUGAAUCUUCUUCAAAGAAAGAAAAGGCCUUCAAAGAUUCAAAUAGAAAUAAAGAAAAGGAACGAGUGUCUAGUGAAAGCUCUAAAGAAGAAUCUAAAUGUGAAACAACACACUUUGUGAGAAAGUUAAAAAGAGGUUUUGGUAAGUAUAAGGGCAAGUUGCCCUUAAAAUGCUUUAACCAUGGAAAAAUAGGUCACUUUGCAUCCAAGUGCCCUUAUGAGAAGGAGGAGCACAACAGCUAUGAGAAAAAAACUAAACACAACAAUAAGAAAUUUAUGAGAAAAGGAAAGAAGUUUCGCAAUUUCAGAAGAAGUAUCUACUCCAAAGAGGAAAGCAGUUCCUCUGAUGGAAGUGAUGAAAAGUCCUUGAAUGACGAGAUUUUAUUCAUGGCUCUAGAAGAGACUUUAACUAAAAAUCAAGAGGAAGAAGACUAUUUUGAGGAAGAUGAGGUUGAAGUUGAACUUGAGCAAGAACUUAUUAGUGCCCUAAGUGAGAUUAAGAAGUUUAAAGUUACUGUUACAAGAAGAGAGUAA